AUGACACUCACUCUUCUUCUUCUACAGCGCGCUCUAAAACUUCCUUCUCUGACAGCUGCAGCCAGAAGGUUUAACAGCAGUCUUGUCGAGACUAAACAAGAUGGAGAGAUCUUGCUUGUAUCGAUUGCACGACCCGAGAAGCGCAACGCGGUUGAUGCAGAGACCGCGAGAGAGCUCGCAGACGCGUUUAGACAUUUCGAGAUCGACGAUGAAAGUUCAGUGGCUGUGUUGUGUGGGGAAGGAGAUACGUUUUGUGCAGGAUAUGAUCUAGAAUAUCUAUCUACCAGGGGUCCUGAUGAGCUCCUGAGAUCGCUCACCCCUCCUGGAGAAGGAGACGGUCCCAUGGUGCGUUACAAUGUUUACGUUUAUGACAGACACUCAAAAUACGAAAUACAAAAAUGAUUUGAAAUUAUGCAAACACUUGGCAUCUUUUUUUUGCUUUCUAUAGAAUUCUAAAGAAUUCUUUUUUUUAAAUAAAUUUUUUUUUUUUUUUUUCUAGUUUGUUUUGUAUUGCAUUCAUUGAUCGUUUGUCCACUGGUGCAGUUGUAGGGACGAUGAUGGAAGAAAAAAAAGAACUCUUUCAUAUUGGAAUAUUUCGGAUAUUUUCCUGUUAUCCUUUUUUCAUCCGAUGACUAUUUCAAGAGAAUAGCUUUGCUGAACAAUUAAGCCAUGAAAUAUUGCCAUUAAAAAACCCUUAAAACCAUGUUAUCCCAAUUAACAAUGCUAAUUUGUGAGUAAAAUUGGAUGCCAAUAUAAACACAGAGAGAAUUCCCAAAGAGAAAGGAGUACAAUAUGGAUAGUAUUAUCAGCUCUUUGAACAACUGGACAGUGGUAUUUUAUCACAGAAGGGUCAGGCCCCAUUUCUCAGUCAUCAUUUUUCAGUAUUCAUUCGCUUUUUCCCAUUCUCAGUUUCCCAUUCUUCAAUUCCCAUUCCUCAUUUUCCAUUCUGCAUCUCCUUUCCUCAACUCCCCAUUCUUUGUUUUAACUCAGAGGUCCACCUUGAGAGCAAGCUCUGAAGAAUUAUUUAAAACACAAUAGGAACUUUUUUGAUUCCAUUGAGUUGAAAAUAAUUGAAAUCAUACCACAUAGUGUUGAGGUAAAAAUCUGUGAAAACAGAUCAAUAACUUGAAAAAUGAUUUUUUUUGCAUGAUUACUGAUUGGUGAGAUGCAUGAUCACCCAAGGUGACAUGAGUAGCUUUUAAUUAAAAUCCCUGUCCUUUUUUGUCAUGGCAAAGAAACAGGCCCUUAAUAUUGGGGAUUUGGCACAAAUAUUUCUUCAAAUACAAGGAAAGUAUGAGGUGUUGAACAAUGCAAGCUGGUGAGAGGUCUACAAGGGAUCUCGCACACUGAUAAUUUAUAGAUGUUUUUACUCUCUGUCCAGGGCCCAACUCGAUUGAAACUCACUAAACCAGUGAUUGGUGCCAUUGAGGGACAUGCAGUUGCAGGAGGAAUGGAGUUGGCACUGAUGUGCGAUCUCAGAGUUGUUGCAGAAGAUGCAGUCAUGGGAAUGUUCAACAGAAGAUUUGGUAAUAAAAAGCAUUAACAGAUAACCUAUGCAGCCCUUAGCAUACUUUGAAAGAAAAAAUCUUCUAUAAUUGUGGCAAAAGGGCUUAGUACAGUGGCAGUGUGCGACUGUUUAAGGCAGUAGUGAUAUUGCCAUCUAGGGGGAAGUAGUGAUACUGUAGUUACUUCAUGCAACCGCGAUAAUUAGCUCUGGCUGGGUGGGUGAAUAGGUUUGAGUACAGACCGUACCUUUUUGCUUUGACGAAACAGCAUUUUUAACAUAUGAUAUUAUAAUUGUACAAAGGUGUGCCUACAGUGGAUGGAGGUACAGUGCGGUUACCAUACAUUGUUGGUCUUUCACGCGCGUUAGACCUGAUCAUGACAGGCCGUGCUGUACAUGCAACAGAAGCUCUUAGCAUUGGCCUUGCUAACAGAGAUGUUCCCAAAGGAGAAACAGUUGAAGAAGCUCUCAAACUUGCAAAAAUGUUGGUUCGCUUUCCAAGAGAGGCACUAUGUGCAGACCGCAAAUCUGUUUUCUAUGCCACAUUCAAUGCAGAUUCCUUUUACGAUGCUCUGACAUAUGAAUACUUCAAAGGAGUGAAACUGCAAAUCAUGAAGGAUUCCAUUGAGGGAGCAAAACAGUUUUUACAGGGGAAAGGCCGUAAGGGUUCAUUUGAUGACUACUUGGAUUAAAAUUGAUUUUACACAUUACUUUUACACAUCAAUUUAAGAACAAAGUGCUAAGUAUUGAAAAUGAAUUAAAGCUAGCUUACUUCAAAACAUCGUCAUAUUUAACCCUUUAACUCCCAGAAGUGAUUAACAUAAAACUUCUCCCAACAAUAUCCAUACAUUCUUCAGCAAACAGGUAAUGAGAAUAUUCAAACUUAUCAGGUAGAAGCUGCUAUCUUGAUCUAGCAUCAAGUUAUCAUAACUAAUUCACAAGGAAAUGUGUAGCAGCUAGAGGGGAGAAUUAACAAUCAGAUCUUGGGAGUAAAAGGGUUAAAUUAAAUUUAUUUUCAGUGAGAUGAAGACUUCUACGUCAAAAGAGAUGUUUUACGGGUAAAAUUUAAAAGACUGGACCAUAAGCAUUUCCUUUGUUUGUGUUGUAUUUAUUAGGUUUUACAGUAUGUUUAUUUAACCCUUUAACUCCCAGACCAAAUUUGUAAUUCUCCUUACUGUCAACCAUAAAAUUAUUUUAAUAUUAGUUCAGAGAAUUUAGUAUUGGAUCAACUAAUUAUUCUCAGAUUGAUAUUUUUCUUUAUUCUCAUCACUUAUCUGGUUGAUAUUGUAUUGAUGUUGUAAGGAGAAAUUCUGUCUUGGUCACUCCUGGCAGUUAAAGUGUUAAAGUAGAAGCCUUUUGUUUAUUUUCGUGAUUGCUAAUCUCAUCCCAUGAUUCAUUGCAAACUGGCUGUUGUGUGUGUUGAUGCAUUAACCCUUUACACACUAACAUCAGUAUGUACAUUUUCCAUACUAUUCUCAUACAUUUCCUAAGGUGCUGACGAGGAGAAUUUGUUUAACAAUCAAGAACUUGUUUGGAUUGUGAUCAGGGGUGAUAUUUUAAGGAGAAAUUAGAUGCCACUGACUGUUGGGGUCAGGAUUAACUAAGGGAAAAUGAUUGCUUUCAUUUGAUGUGUUAUUUUUAAAAGGCCAUUUGCAACAGUACUCAAAAAAGUGCUUCUUUUAUUGUUUGAUUUUUGAAAUUCUUGAUUCAGUGUAUACAGACCUCGUACACUGAGGGACAAAAAAAACCCACAUCAUUCUCUAUUUAUUUUACAGUUCUUAAAGUAGGCAGAGGUCAUAAAAGGAUUAAAAGAACUCUUCGAAUUACCAAUUUCACCAGUACCCUCUGCGUCUGAAAAGACAAAUCACCGUAACAAUACAAUUUUUCAUAACAACAAACUUGCCGACGUGUAAAAAAUUCGUCAAUAUUUCCAUUUUCUUUUAUUCCUGGGGCGCGAUUGAGAAGCUAUUCUCAAACAGUAAAACAAUAAAA